AUGAGCGACGAUAGCGCAAAGUGGGAGCCCUCGAAGCCGGCCUCGUCGAGCUGGGACGAGGCGCGCAUCAUCCCCGCAGAUGGGUGGGAGCGCAUGAAGAAGGGACUCACACCACAGGAUAUGGACGACCGCUGGGCCAUUGUCCACCUCGAGAAGGACGGCGAGGAGAGCGUCGUCUUUGCCCGGAGUUGGACUGGAUACACUCUGGGCAAGAUCACGGUCGAGCCUGCAGGAGAUGAUGGCAAGAGCCGUCGGAUAACCAAGUUUACAUGGGAAACAGACAGGGAGAGAUGGAAUGUCGAGGAUCCAGGAACGGAGGCAAGGGACUUGGUUGUGAGGUUCUCGAAGGGUGUUUUUCAGGUUGACUUGGCGGAUGAGCCUGCCUCUGAGUAG